UUAACGACCCAUGCCCUUACCCCUUCUACCUCCUGCUGAUAACUUCAAGACAAAACAAAUAAACAAAUAAAAAAAGUAGUACAAAGAAACUAAACACAGAGAACGAGAACGAGAAAGAAAACAUGAUAAAAAUGCGAGAUACAACUUGUCUAUGGCUCAUUUGUCUGUUAAUUGGACAAUUUUAUGCUCAGAGCCAAGCAUCGCCGGUGGAAAGUGAUAAUGGCAAUCAAGAAGAAUAUCAGGAUGAUGAUUACGAUUAUGGGGAUGAAGAUGAUGCAGGUACUGAUACUGUUCCUCCAGUAGAACCGGCAUCGAUAGAUCCACCCUAUUUCGAGCAAGAGUUUGUCAGUCUUCGAGCCAAACCUGGCGAUAAUGUGGUCAUCAAUUGUGAUGUUAGGAAUUUCCAACUUAGCAAUGCGGUUAUGUGGUAUAAAAAUCAGACAAUUAUAGCCAAUGGUCAAAUAGCGAUUAGCAAUCGAGUUGAGGGAAUGAAAAACAAUUCAAUAUUGAUCAAGAAUGUGACACCGGAGGAUGCUGAUGAGUAUUAUUGUUUGGUAUUGCCAGAACAAAUUCGACAGCAUACAUCGUUGAUGGUGGGCGCUCGGCUGUCGAUCCUUUGCGACGGUCUCGACAUAACGGAUCGUUCGCAGACGUUCAAGCAGGGUGACCACCAUAAGUUAGAAUGUCGAACAUAUAUGGCAACGUCAACCAAUAUCAAAUGGUCAUUAAAUGGUCAUCGCUUGGAAUCGAGUGAUACAGAAAAUGGUGUCAUUAUCCUUGACAAUAUAGAUGAAUCGAAUGUCGGUGUCUAUCAGUGUUUGGGUGAUGAUGGCAGUCGUGAUCCCCCACAUGGCAUGGUUACCAUUGAUGUUCAUUAUAGCCCGAAGGUAUCAACUCAUCGUCACCAUGUCAAUGCCAUAGAGGGUGGACAUGCUGAGCUCUAUUGCAAUUAUCGUGCCAAUCCCAUAGCCCUAAGUUUCUUUAUCAAAGAUGCUCAGACCUUGCAAAUAUCCGAGAAGUAUUCCAUUAAGAAUUCCUUCCAUGAGGGUCACAAUCGUACAACGUUGUUGGUCAAGAAUAUCGAAGCAAGUGAUUUGGGUGAAUAUCUGUGCCAUGCCGAGAAUGCCAUUGGCUCGAAUGAGGUAAAGAUUCAGCUUAGCUACAAUCCAGAGACGCCACAAUUUGAGGAUAUGACAAUCGAUGGCAAUAAGGUGACAUUACAUUGGUUGGUAAGAAGUUUGCAGCCACUUUCAGAGGCCAUGCUGGAUUAUCAAUUGACAGGGUCUUACACCUGGAGCACUGUUACGGUCUUGAAGACUCAGCAUCAUAAUCAGACUGGCGGCAUUUGGAAGAUUACACAUCAAAUGGAACUGAAGCCAGGUCUAUGGCAUGCCCAUGUCAAGACAAAGAAUACUCAUGGUUGGUCCAAUUUCUCACCCGAUCAUGAAUUCCAAAUCAAAAGUGACGAUGCUGAUUCCAGUAUAGAUGAUGUUGAUAUGCCACCUCCAGAUGAUCUGGUUCGUGCUGGUUUCGGUGUGGGCAAUGUUGCCCCAACAUUAGUUCAACUUCCUGGCAUAACUUUACUCAGUGUGCUGCUACUGCGAUUGCAGCUCUAAGCAGAUAUAUUCGCAUAUCUGAAUCUGGGACUGUAUAUACGUAUUUUCAACUUACUUCUUUGCUUUCAGCUGUAAGGCAUAAAAGUCCAACGAAUUGAAAAUGUAAAACAAAACAAAAGAAAAACCAAGCAAAAACCCAAGUAUUCUCUAAUUAUAUACAAAAAUGCUAAUGCGCCUGCGCUCCCCUUUACCUUCCCCCUAGAAAUCACAAACAGAAACCGAAAACAAAAAGGUCAAUGUUAACAUUAAGUCAUGCAAUGCAAAAAAAAAAAAGCAAAAAGCAAAAAUCCAUUGAAGAAACAUUUGUGCCAAGACGAUUACAAUGACGAUCAUGAUGAUCUGAUGAUGGAUCUAAGGGAUCUGGAGGACUAUGAAUUACCAUAAACUUUAGCUUAGUUUAAAAUACAAAACAAAAAGUUGAAAAACUGCGAAGAUCGGUUAAAAACCGCCCCCCCAAAAAAAAUGGAAUCUAGCAUAUAAUUAUUUAUUCGUUUGUACUUAUAUGUAUGUAAAAGUUGGCAAAAAGAGUGGAAAAACCUUAAAAAGAAAUUGUUGGACAAAAGAAAACCUUCCUAGUUACCUGUAGAACCCCCCGAAAGGAAAGAGAAACUAGAAUUGUAAAUACUAAAAAGGUUUAGAAAAGAAAAAGGAGAGAGUUUACGAUAUUUUUGUAAAGCAAAUGAAAAAUUGUGUAUGAAGAAAACAAAAAAAGAGAAAGAGACCUAAUCGAAUUGCACUUGGAUAUAUUACGAUAAACUAGACCAAAGCUUAGACAUAUGUACUUAUCCACACACACACACACAAACACACACACACACAAACACACACAAACACACAU